AUGGCGCUUCAAGUCUUGCUUGGACCGGGUUUGUUAGGACACAUACCCUUUAUAAAAUCUAAUAUUACUGUUGGGAAAUUAAAAUCAAAAAGAACUGAGAACGGAUGGACUGCCAUGAAGAAGGAUUUGAUAUUUGAUCCCAAAUCAGAUGGUGCUGCUUCAAGUGACUUUGCUAAUCAGCCACCCCCAUUAAGCGCAGAAUGA